AAAAACUGCCCAGAUGCAGCCGUGCUUAUGCAGUCUGCAGAGACGGAGAGAAGAUGAAGGCUUUCCUUUUCAUCCUACUGGCUGUGGCCCUGGGCAUGGAGCAAGUGGCCUCUUUGUCUUGCUUCACAUGCUCUGAGGAGUCGUCCAACCUCAAGUGUCUUACACCAACGCAGUGUGCCGACUCGGACAAAUACUGUCUCACCAUCUACGCGACGGGAGGCAUUGGUGAUAACAAGGGACAGCGCAUCAGCAAGAAAUGCUCUUCGGUGUGUCCCCAAACGAACUUGAACAUCGGCAUAGCAGCUCUGUCUACCUCCUGCUGUGAAACUUUCUUGUGCAACAUCAGCGGGGCCAGCAGCGUGAGAGCCAGCUACGCGGUGAUGGUCACGGGGAUCCUGGCCAGCCUCCUCUGCAUCCUCAGAACGGGGCUGUGAGGGGGCCAGAAAAAAACUGGGCCUCCCAAAGAACCUCUUCCCCGAGGGACACCCAAAGCCCUCUGGGCAAAGUUGCCAUCUGGGCUAACACAGCCCGGUCUCUUGUGUGUCGUUUCAGAUCCCUCUGCUAAUCGCUUCUCUCUCAUUUUCUGGGCUGUGGUUCUUUCUCAGAGGGACGGGAGCUGUACCCUGGGGGUAGCCGCACUGCCCUACCUCACCGGGGGUGGUGGUGAAGGGAAACACAUGGAAGAUAUUAGAGUGUUGGAGGCUAGAUACACACCUAAGAUUUUAAUUUCUCUAUUUAAUUAAUAACCCGCCUCCCCCUUUGUGAGUCACCUCCCCAUGCUGAGUGUUGGUGAGCUCAGCAGAAAGAUGCUGCCUGGAUGGAUGCGCCAACUCAAGGGAAAGGCCCCAUAUGGCCUAAAGUACUAACCUUGUUACAAUUACUUGUUCCACCCUCUGCCACAGCCCGUGUCCUUCCCCUCCUCUUUCCCCUGGCACAGUGUCUCCUCACAAUCUCUCCUCACAGUCUCUCCUCACAUUCUCACCUCACAGUCUCUCCUCACAGUCGUCUCUCCUCACAAUCUCACCUCACAGUCUCUCCUCACAUUCUCACCUCAGUCUUUCCUUACAGUCUCUCCUCAUAUUCUCACCUCACAGUCUCUCCUCACAUUUUUACCUUACAGUCUCUCCUCACAUUCUCAUCUCACAGUCUCUCUUCACAUUUUUACCUCACAGUCUCUCCUCACAAUCUCACCUCACAGUCUCUCCUCACAUUCUCACCUCAGUCUUUCCUUACAGUCUCUCCUCAUAAUUUCACCUCACAGUCUCUCCUCACAGUCUCAUCUCACAGUCUCUCCUCACAGUCUCACCGCUGGCAGCAUCUGAGCCUUCUCCUCCAGAACAGUUUCUCUUCACUCACCAGAACAGUUUCUCCACCUACACCCAGGUCUGGCCCCUGACACCUCCUCUCAUAGUAGCUCCAUGGGCAGCGGGUACGCUAAGCGGGGGAAGGCUCAGCCUUCCCAAACUGCCAGCUGGGGCCCACGCACACUCCACUGACAGAAUGCUUCCCCCAAUGCCAGCCCGCCCCAGUGCUCUGGGGCUGGGGAGGCUGAGGCAUGUGCGUCCACUCCCCUCCUCUGCUCCCCAUGCUGGGGGGGAGGCAGGGAGGUGGCUUGGCUCCCGUGGGGAGCAGGGCCUCACCGGAAGGGCUGGGGCUGGGGGCUUGUAUCCCCCAUCCCUACCAUUGCCAUCGGCCCAUGAGUAGCCCUGACGAGCGAGUGAGGGAACGAAUGCCCAUGCUGGAUUUCACCCAUCUAUACUUGGUUCCCAUUGCUUGUUUCGGACAUUGCCCCAUAUAAGCAUUUGCUGGUUUGUAACGCUCCCCUCUGUGAACGCCCAUUUUGAUACCGUUUGUAGGACAAACGCUGGACAAAAUAAAGUGCUGAUUUUAUUCUGUCA